UUUGUCUCUUUAAAUUCCAAAAACAGAGCUUAAAUGGAGAACGAGAAACUACGCAUAAGUUAGAAAAAGUCUUCCUCAAUGGCAAAUGCUUCAGCUUCCUCACCUACCAAUCCACACUUUUUCCAGCCUCUUCUUCCUGGUUUUCAAAGCCACCUUAACAUUCCCAUGGCGUUCUACUCAAAGCACAUAAAGGGAACAACCAACGAGGGCAAUGCCAACGCGGUGGUGGUAAAGCUGAGAUCGGACGCUUCUGAUUUAACGUGGGAAGUUAAGAUGGACGGUCGGAGACUCACCCAAGGCUGGCAAGAGUUCACCACCAGUCAUGAUCUCCGGGUCGGUGAUAUAGUCAUCUUUAGACAUGAUGGAGAUUUGUUGUUCCAUGUCACAACUUUUGGGCCUAGUUGCUGUGAGAUACAAUACGAUGAUGAUGUCUUUCAAAUAUCCUCUGAUUCAGAUAAAGAGAUGAAUCAAGAAACAAGAGAAGCAGUCUUUCCAUCAGAUAAAUCUUGUUUUGUAGCUCGUGUCACCCCGUCUAAUCUAAAAAAAGAUGCACUGUUUCUUCCAAGAGACUUUUCAAGGUCUAAUGGUUUGACGAAUCGUGAGUGCGAGAUCACUCUACUGAACGAGUAUGGAAAACCAUGGACAGCGUUGCUGAUCUAUUACAAAACAACGGGUGAUGUUUACCUCAGACGCGGCUGGAGAAACUUCUGCCACGAAAAUCAGAAAGGAGCUAAUGGCUUAUUGACUUUCAAGCUUGUGCAAGCAGGUACAAAACCUGUUCUCCAGUUGUGUUCGUCCAUGCACAACCGAGACUGUAUCCGAGGCUCUUCUUCUUCAAAAAGCCAAGGCAGAUUCUUGACACUAACUCUUACACAUUACAAUUUCAAGAGAUGUAAACUGUGUCUACCAGCUACAUUUUUGAAGGCGAAUGGUAUCACAAGCGCAAGGAAGAUAAUUCUUGUGGACAGACACGGGAUCAAAAGGACAACGAGUCUUAAACCUGAUAACAACUUUGGAAGAAUGAGACUGGGAAAAGGGUGGAAAGAGUUCUGUGAAGUUAAUGGAGUGAAGGCUGGUGAUGCCAUCAAGCUGGAACUCAUCAAGGAAGAAGAAGAAGAAGAUAGAUCUGCUACAUAUCUACUUAAGUUCUGCACUAAAGUCUAAAACUCUCUCUUUUUUGUGAAUCUAAGCAUUCUCUGAGUCCUUACUCCUUAAUGAGGUUAGAUUGUAAAGGGAUACUAAUUUUGUACAUAAGUCUUGAUGACUAGGCUAUCUUUUUUUUUUUU